AUGAUUGCAGCUCUUAAUAUGGAUACAGAAGAAGAUAAUAUAAACCGAUAUUUUUUGAACCCAAAAGAGUCUGUUGGUAUAUUAAAUAAAGGCCUUAUAGAGGAAUACAAUACAACAAUUACCAAUGAUGAAAUUCAAAAACAAUAUUUGCUCCAAGUUGUGUGGGACUACCGCAAUAAAUACCCAGACUCCAAGAAGAGUACUAUUUUACAUAAAAAGUUUUAA